UCAAAAAAAACUUUGUUACGCGUGCCUGGCGCCGGGGUGUCUGGCGUCCUUUCCAUCGUUGUUACAAAGUCAACAACUCCCAUCAUCUCACUGAAAGGGAGUUUGGCAGACAAGACGUUUGGCCGAGAAGGAGCUAUAACGAACGGCAUGGUUUGGGGACUUUUCCAUCACCUUCCGCGCUUCAUGGAGUCUGACAGCAAACGUUUCCAGCCCUGGAGAGACUACAUGGGACUGUCGGACACAAUCAGAGAGAUCCUGGGCCGGCACAGGGUCAAUGAGUCCGCACUUCCAGCCUCUAAAGCACCGCACUCCGAAUCUGAUGACCUGUGCGAGACACUGAUGUCUGUGCGCAUAGGGAUAAACACAGUUUGCAACCUCGGGGCAACCUGUGCGCCACAUCUCUACGGUAUAUCCACGCUGCCAGGCUCGACUCAUCAACGCCCACCCGAUGCUUUGUGGUAUACUACAGACCCGUUUCGUGCCGAUCCUUCAGACGCAGUGAAUUUGAAGCCAGUUUCAAGACCGACGGGCUCCCGGGGUCCUAAAGAACGCAAGAAAAGCACUCGUUUCAAAAGCCCCGAUCCUCCGUUGUUACCGGCGUCACCUGAGCGCAUGUUCUGCAGUUUCUGCAAGCACAACGGGGAGUCCGAGUUGGUUUGCGGAUCCCACUGGCUGAAGAACCAGGCCGGAGAUGUUUUGUGUCCCUAUCUGCGGCAGUAUGUGUGUCCUCUGUGCGGAGCCACCGGGGCCAAAGCUCACACUAAGCGCUUCUGCCCAAAAGUGGACAGCGCGUACAGCUCCGUGUACGCCAAGUGCAGACGCUGAACUAACGG